UCAAUGACUCAACGUCUUCUAAAUAUCAUUAUUCCUUGAAAAGGCCGUCGCCGACUUGGGUUUGACUCCGUUGCGUUCAGCCCCAAUUCAGGCAUAGAGGCAGCAGCAGGUCCUUUCAAGAUGGCCCAACAGGUUGGGCCACACUCUGAGUUUACCUCGUCAGUCAGGAAUCAGUUCUUUGCAAAGCUCAAGCCGAUUUGUGUCGAGAUCAGCAAAUUCGCCCUGCAAGGUCAACCAGGUCCGGAAGGGGCGAGACGGACCCAAGACCUUCUUAACCAGCUCAACGGCAUUCUCGAAGGUCAGAUCCAGUACGAUGCAAGUGCACUAGACGAGAAGAUUGCCGACUACAUCUUCUUUCCUCUGUCGCACCUGUUGCGCAGGCACGAGGCUCAACCUGUCCGCCUCAUCGAGACGGUCAUUAAGACGUUGCGGCUGCUCAUUCAGCAUGGAUGGAAAGCUAGAAUCUCCAAGGACCUGUCGCAGCAGCUUCUUAUCCUGCUUACCUUCAUUAUUGGCGGUGUCCCGGGCAGAGAGAAUAGCCAGCCUGCAAAGCCCGAGGAGACCGUCCUUGAAGGUUACAGAGCUCUCACUGCACUGAUCAAGACUGCUGGGGUGUCGGCUAAGGACUCGCCGCUCACGGAUGCGAAGAUCAUACCGUCAUUUGGACACGCGGUGUCGGUAAUUCUAGACGGUGUCACCGAUGGAAGUACUCCCGAGAUUCAACUUGCGUCACUGCUGGCCAUUUCAGCCGUCUACACGACAGUCAAACAGGACGAGGUGCUGGCGACAUUCUUCCCGGGCACUGUGUCUUCUCUAAGCCGGCUGCUCUCGCCGCCCUCAUCUAUCAAGGCACAGCGGAGAGUUCUCUUCAGCGGUACGAACAUUCUCAAGCUUGUUCUCACUAAAGUCCUCAGCGACCUGAAGAUACGCAACCUGCUGCGGGAACAAGAUGAGAAAGACGCUCUUGUUUCCGAGGAGCAGAGCCAAGAUGAGAAUGCUCAAGGGACAGUGCUCACACUUUCGUGGCUAAACGCUACGGUAGCACAGGUUAAGAUUGCCCUGUCGACUGUUUUGAAGCUGAGAAACCACGAUGGCGCAGAUGUGCGCAAUGCCGUGGAAAAACUGUGUAUUGCAUUAUUGGAUGAGUGCCAUUCGUCGCUGUCCAACUGUACUGCGAUGCUCGUUGAGACCGCUAUGGUCUUAAGAGAAGACGAUAACGACCAGUCCCUCUUCUAUGGCACGUCACUCCAAGAUCUUGCUAUCAUAUACCCGGAGCUGGUGGACUCUGUCAACACUACCGUGCACAACUGGAUUACGAGCAUGCCUCGUAUGAUGCAGUCAGGCGACGAGCAAGUCAAGCAGCGGGCCAUUCGCAGUAUGACCAAGGGCCAGGAACUUCUAUCAGCACUUGGAGUUGAUUCAUCGAGCCUCGAAGAGUCUCUGUCGUCCGCUCUCAGAGACAGCAUUGUCGCGUUGAUUCUCACUUCCAAAGACCCCAAAGUCAUGAACGAGGUCGAUGUGGACAUGGAUCUUUGGCGAAAUCCAAGCUUGGUUCGCACAGGAGGAUCAGAACUGCAGACCUAUCAGCCCGUGCUUCUGCCUCAUGGCAGCCAGCGGGACAUCCGGAGGGAUGUGGCUGCUCUGAUUCAAAAUAUUGGCUCCUCGAGGCAGCAGACCAAGCUUGCAGCAGAGAUGCUGCCCUAUCUUCGCGACUCUCGUGGUGUCGACCAGAUUGCCUCAUACUGGCUGUCCUUUCAGCUCCUAAGAUCCUCUUUCAGCAAGACCACAGAGGUCGAUGACCUUCUGGACCUUACAGACGCGGUAGCAGACCCUACCUCCGAAGACCAGAACCUCGUCUUCGAUGAGCUGUAUUCCUUCUCGGUAUCUAUCCUCGAUGCUCACUCUGACGCGACUGACGAGACCGACUGGCGCCUAGAGGCAACAGCCCUCGAAGUCAUCGCCUUUGCUGCCUCCCGUCUUAACCGAUCAUUCCGCCCGGAACUGAUUGAUGUGCUCUAUCCUGUGUCAACUUUCCUUGGCUCGGCACGUCCAGAGCUCAGAAGCCACGCGAUCACCACGCUCAACAACCUCGCUGCAAGCUGCGGCUACGGAAGCGUCUCCGAACUGAUCAUCGACAACGUGGACUACAUGGUCAACUCGGUUUCACUGCGCCUCAACCAGUUUGACAUCUCCCCUGCGUCGACCAAAGUGUUGACUAUGAUGAUUCGUCUUACCGGACCGAAGCUGCUCCCCUUUCUAGACGAUGUCGUGGCGGGGAUUUUUGCUGCACUAGACAAUUACCACGGCUACACUACUUUCGUGGAGAGUCUAUUUGGUGUGCUGUCAGAAGUUGUUGAACAGGGUGUCAAGUCUGAUAGACUGAUUACUGAGGGUGGGCAGACUGGGGCCGCUAAUCACAGGAAGCGUCCCUUGCAAUCUUCAGGCGUGCAAGAUACCCUCACCUUCCUACACAAACGUACCAAGAGAGUCAGAGAGCAAGAAGAAGAAGGAGACGUCGAGGAGAUAAUACGUGGGCACCCUCGAACUGCGUGGAAAUCCGCCAAGGAAGAACUUGAUGCCAUAGAAACCCGAGAUCAUGGCCAAGACGACCAACCCGAGGACGCACCUCAAGACAGUGAAGAGAUUACAAUACCACAAACACCAACCUACACACUGAUGACCAAGGUUACCUCACUGACUCAACACUAUCUCACCUCACCUCAGCCGACUCUACGGAAGCAGCUACUCGAACUGCUUUCCAAAGUGUCGCCAGCACUUGCACCAGAUGAAAAUGCAUUCCUCCCAUUGGUAAAUGACAUUUGGCCCGUCAUCAUCAGUCGGCUGCAUGACACGGAGCCUUACGUCGUGAUCGCGGCCUGCGGGACGCUAAGCGCGCUCUGUGAAAGUGCAGGCGAUUUCUUGAGCACCCGCGUGAAGACGGAGUGGUGGGAAUCCCUAGGAUCAUGGUGCUUUAGAGCCAAAGAUGAGGCGCGCAAGAGCAGAGGUGGUGGCGCUACAGCCAUGGCAAAGAGUAAGGCAUCAGGUCACAGCAAUGAUAUCCUCAUACCGAUGCGAGGCGCAGAUCAUUCCGACGAGCUUCAGCUUGAGGUUGCAUCGCGCUCCAUAACAACGAGUACCGGCCUCGGCAGGUUCGCAUCAGCCGCGCAGGCAUGGGUCGCGGUCGUCUCAAUGCUUAUCGCAAUUGUCUCGUACGUCCGGAUCGAAGAUGAGAUUUUCGAGCAGAUUCUUGACCUGCUGGCCGACGACGUGCUGCCGCGCAGCGAGCAAGCUCGAAAGGCGUUGGAGGCUGUGAAUGCCGAUGCAGUCUGGCUGGCAUUGUACGAAAGAGGAUAUUUGGCUGCGCCUCCAAACAAACCUGCAAUGGACGGGGUAAUCUUUACGCCGUUGUAGGGUAAAAUGAGGGAGCACUGAAUCGAGUUACGGUCUGACACAGCGUUUUGGUGUGGCUGAAUAUGCAUUCACUACGACAUUGCCUGUAGUUGCACAAUAGAGCAUUCAACCAGCUGAUGAUCCAGGUAGCUAUAAUUAAAGCGCAGAUCAAAGUCCACCGCUACGCAGAUUCCGCUCUGCUUGGCAACCCUGGACCUUGCAGCGAGCGCACAGAUUUAACGGAUCAGCUCCCGUGGCUGU